GAGCUGGGUGUGAGGCGGGGUUUGAGUAUCAUGUAGCAUGCUAGAUUGAUUACUCUUGAAUGUUAAAGGGGAAGGAGGCUAGAGAUUUUUGUCUGUGAGUCGGGAGUGCCGCUGUACUGUUUGCCUGCUGUUGGGUGCUGCUGCACUGGCUUUCUAUUCCCUCUUACUCUCUUCUCUGCAUCGGGCCAGGGGUCAACUCAAAGACAAACGCACAGGUCACUGACUAGAGAGGGGGGGUCAGAGAAAAAGAAAAGGUCAGUGAGUUGAAGGGACUUGGUCAGAAGAGAAACAGGAAAGACGGGGCUGUAUGUUUAGGCAGCAGGAGGACGUUGGGGGGCUGCUGAAGGAGACAGGGCAAUGUGUAAAGAGAGAGUGGAAGAGAGGAGGGGGAGGGGUAGAAGAAGAGGGGCUUGCUCCUCUCUGUGUGUCCAGUCUGAGAGCCUUUUUAAAGCCGUCCAGUGGAGCCAGAGUGCCUUUUGUCUGUUGAUACGAUCAGGGGACUGGAGGAAGUGAAGGAGCUUGAGAGAGUUUUUCUGUCAGCUUCUGUGCCUCUUCCUCUUGCUGCUGCCGCCGCUGCUCUCAAGGAGACUUGAACAGGGCUAUCUGUUUUCCUCUGUUCUGCUCUGCUCCAACAGGGCAGACCGUUCAUCAUGAAGGGCACAGGGCAGAGUAGAGGAUGUCUGCAGAUGCAUUUGGAGCUGGGGGCAGCGAUGCCCAGCAAACCCUGCAGUCCUUUUGGCCUCGGGUCAUGGAGGAGAUCAGGAACCUGACUGUGGAUUUCCGUGUGCAAGAGUUGCCUCUUGCUCGAAUCAAGAAAAUCAUGAAGCUGGAUGAGGAUGUUAAGAUGAUCAGUGCAGAGGCUCCAGUCCUGUUCGCCAAAGCAGCUCAGAUCUUCAUCACAGAGCUCACCCUCAGAGCAUGGAUCCACACCGAGGACAACAAGAGGCGCACACUACAGAGGAAUGACAUUGCCAUGGCCAUAACAAAGUUUGACCAGUUUGACUUCCUGAUUGACAUCGUGCCCCGCGACGACCUGAAGCCACCUAAACGACAGGAGGAGAUGCGCCAGUCAGUAGCUCCAGCAGAGCCGGUGCAGUACUACUUCACUCUGGCCCAGCAGCCUGGAGCGGUGCAGGUGCAGGGCACACAACAAGCCCAGCAGCCCGGAGCACAAACAGCCACAACCAUCCAGCCUGGACAGAUCAUUAUUGCACAGCCACAGCAAGGACAGAUGCUGCAAGGUGCCACCAUGCAGCAGUUACAGCAAGUGCAGGUGCAAUCACAGGGCACACCCAUCACGAGCGCACCUGUGGCCAUGCAGGUGAGUGAGGGCCAGCAGGUACAGAUCGUUCAAGCUGCAGCAGCACAGGGUCAAGGUCAGACAGCUCAAGCCCAAGGCCAGACCAUGCAGGUCAUGCAGCAGAUCAUCACCAACACAGGAGAGAUCCAGCAAAUCCCGGUGCAACUAAACACGGGCCAGCUUCAGUACAUCCGUCUGGCUCAGCCCGUCUCUGGAGCCCAGGUGGUCCAAGGGCAGAUUCAGACUCUCGCCAACACUCAACAGAUCACACAGACUGAGGUACAGCAAGGACAGCAGCAGUUCAACCAGUUUACUGAUGGACAGCAGUUGUAUCAGAUUCAGCAGGUGACAAUGCCAGCAGGACAGGAGCUGACCCAGCCUAUGUUCAUUCAGUCCACCAACCAGACAGCUGACGCACAGGUCACACAGGUCAGCACCGACUGAGCCCAGCCUGGAACCUUUUCUCCACACACACAACACGCAUACCAGCCCAUGUGACGCCGACAGAUGCCGCCAGCUUCGACAACGGAAGCUUGAUAAUCUUGAUUUUUAAGCGCUGCUCAUAUAGACGAGGGACCCAAAAUCUUUUAACACUCAUUCUUUUGUAAUAAAUUUAGUACACUGGAUAAAAAAACCAAAGGGACGCUGUUUGACUCACUCAGAAACACAUUUUAAGUUGCAUCCAUGUCAAGACUUUUUUGUACUUCUGUCACAUAUAAUAAACGCAUCCACUGCAGCAGACAACAGUCUCUCCACAGACCAACUUCCUAAUCUUCCUCUCAUCUUAUAUCCAAACUUGAAAGAUUUUUUGAAACAUAGAAAAAAGUGUGGGCUUUAUUCUCGACGCCUUCCUUUCUGUUCUCCACCCGGAAAUGAAUCUGCACAGUAUUAUUCUCUGUGUACACGACCUGCCCUUGGUGUGUCUGUGGUUGAAGCCGGCCGCGUGAUUCUUCACAUUUCCUUCUGGGAAAACCGGAAUCAUACCCUCUUAAUUGUUUUGAAAUGAAGCCAUAUACCUCAGAUAUCACUUUUUACAGCAAGUCAAUCUAAGGGAUCCCAAGACGAGAUUAUAAGGUUCAGCGAAAAUUUCACAGUUUCUCUUUUGUGUUGUUUUCCACUUUGACAAUGAAGACUCAUUUUAUUUUGUAAGGGCUUCAAACUGUGUAUGUGUGCGCUUAUAUUUCAAGCACCCACAUCACAAUCAUCUUUACUCUUCCAUUUUGUUUCUUGCACUCUUUGUUUACCUCUCUGUCUUUAGAGCAGGGAAUCGCUUGUGUAUCCUUAUGCAGUUUCACACAUCCUUUCUUUCCUUUUGGAGUCUUGAGCCCAGGUUUAAUUCUCAUGUACACAUAACACAUAACUCCAUCUGGAGCAAAACAUUUUUGUUUUUUUAAUAGAACUCUCCCUUUUUUUCUGAAUACAAAGUAUGUUUCUCUUGUUUUUGAGAUGUUUGGCCUCAUAUCUUUGCCAUUGUUUUUUUGUACAGAAAUGAUUAUUUCAGUGUUCUUAUUGUUGUUUUUGCAUGUAGUUCAACCUGCCAGCAUGACAUGCAAUAGAUAGGUACAAUUUUAUUUUUGACGUUCCUUUUUUGUAAACAAACCUUGUUUGUGAGAAAAUAAAGACCAUAACUUGUCUAAGA